UAGUCUCAUUCGUCAGCGAUUGAACAAAGUGUGUGGACGCGUUUGGGCCGGUAUUGUGCGGCACCGUUACUUACCGCUUGUUGUGGCUUAUAUUUAUUUUUUUUUUCAUUGUUGCUUGUGUUGUGUUUUCCCAAUUGCAAUUUGUUAGUGUGACUGGCAAAUGAUUUUUAUGGCCAAUUGCUAAUCUUAUCGCCCAUCAAGGCACAAGCAUGAGUCGAAACACUAUUUAUUACUAAGUGUCGUUGUUGUCGCAUUGAAACUGCUGUUGGUAAUUGAAACAGCAGCCAAGCAAAUACAAUAAUAACAAACCACCGAAAUAACAACAAAACAAACAAAAUAAACAUACUUUACAACAAAUACAAAAAGAAAGUAAGAAAUGCCAGCAAAAACGGUUUCACGGCAGCAAAGCCAAAGCCAAAAUCCCGCCCAGCAAUUGCAACAACAACAACAGCGGGAUAUCGAGAAUGGCCUUUAUCCCAACAUACCGCCAGAGCGACGGUCGCCGUCAACACGACCAGUGCGACCGCCAACGUUGCGACAGGACACCGUUGACAUGGAGGAGAUACCAUUGAAUCAGUUGAAUGGCGUGCAGGAGUCCGAGGAUCGUCGCAAAAUGCGCGAAAUAUUUGACACGCACGACUCGGAUAAUGAUGGAUUGAUUAGCAUACAUGAGCUAAAAGCUCUCAUAUCGACUGGUUAUUGCCGUGACAUUCCGGCGUAUAUUGCCGAGCAGAUAUUGCGCAAGAGCGACGUGGACAACAAUGGGCAUCUGGACUUUGAGGAGUUCUACACGAUGUCGCUGCACCACAAAUGGAUGAUACGCAACCUGUUGACGAGAUACUGCCGUUAUGUGGUGCCACCGCCAAAACCACUCGAGGGCGAUGAACCGGACGGUGCUUACGAGAAGCAAAUGUCCAUCUGCCCGCCACCGUUGACUAUGGUCAUCUUUUCCAUCGUCGAGAUUAUAAUGUUUCUCGUGGAUGUCAUUUAUUUUCAAGACGAUCCGAGUCACAAUCAACGCUUGGGCGAGAGCACCACUGGACCAGCGGCAUCUCUCUGCAUUUAUAAUCCCUACAAGCGUUACGAGUCCUGGCGUUUCGUCAGUUAUAUGUUCGUCCAUGUGGGCAUAAUGCAUCUCAUGAUGAAUCUGAUUAUACAGAUCUUUCUGGGCAUUGCCCUUGAGCUGGUGCAUCAUUGGUGGCGUGUAGCGCUCGUUUAUCUCGCUGGUGUCUUGGCCGGCUCCAUGGGCACCUCGCUGACCAGUCCACGCAUUUAUCUGGCCGGCGCCUCUGGCGGUGUAUAUGCAUUAAUUACUGCCCAUAUUGCUACGAUCAUAAUGAACUACUCGGAAAUGGAGUAUGCAAUUGUCCAGCUGCUGGCGUUCCUUUUGUUCUGCUUCACCGAUCUGGGCACAUCCGUGUAUCGUCAUCUAACUGAUCAACAUGAUCAGAUUGGUUACAUUGCACAUCUGUCUGGCGCUGUUGCAGGUCUCCUUGUGGGCAUUGGAGUGCUUAGGAAUCUAGAGGUGCGUCGCUGGGAGCGUAUUCUCUGGUGGGUGGCUGUCAUCCUUUAUUUGGCCUUGAUGACCACCGGUAUCAUUAUCCACAUAUUUGUACCCGACUACUUCCCAAAGGCCGAAUACAACUGAUCGCCAUGACAGCAAAGGAUACAUUUAAACAGACACAAAUUAAUCUUAAGUCGUCGUCCCCAUACCCUAUUAUAUAGCCUUAGCCUCAGGUUGUUUUCCCAUGUACAUGUCCAAAGUGCACUUGAUCUAGGCCAUCAAUUAGGUUCUUUAGUAUAUUAGUAUAUUUAUAUAAUCGUAAUUUAAUAUACUUAUACAAUGCGUAAUCUGAACACCCGUUCGAUGCCGAAACACCGGACAAAAAAUCUAUAAUUUAUAGUAUAUAUGAUUUUAUAAAUGUCCUUAGCGCUGUCAUCUGUAUUAACCUUUAUACCUAUCUAUUUUUGUACACUUUAUAUGCUUAUUUAAACCAUGCCCAUAGAGCCAACUUAGCCAGAAUCCGUGCUUAUAUAAAGAAAGACAUACGUAAUACGCACAGAUUUUCAAAAACUA